CAUAGACUCUCGAGAACCCUCUCGCUCGCUGAAAGGUCUCCGACGCGGACGUCCCAGUCCCCCCACGCGGGCCCUACAGUCCGAGCGUUCAUCGAAUUGGUUCUACGAGCUUAUAAGGGUCAGCGAACGUCAUGGAAGUCGAGCCGAGAGAGAUUCGUUGGAUCUUAUACAUACAAGUCCCAUGGCAACCGGUUUCUCGACUGACUGCAGAGUAGUGAGUGCAGCCGGCAGCAUACGUCCGUAUAACGCGGUCCCUGCUCGGAUUCAGGAUACGAUAUGCGGCUUAGUUAUUUCGGGAGGCACGAGGCACGAACGCCGCCGCCGUCUCGACGUACCGGUAGACGCCGCGCCGCGCCGCGCCGUGUCAUUCUUCUGGGAUUUCAUCACCGAGGGAAAGAUCGUUUCUCUCGAGGAAAUGCGUCGCAUCGGUACCAUCGGUGGACGCACCGAUACCGCGACGGGUCCCGGAUGUACAUACACUCUUGUCUCGCGGGUUGUAUGUACGCUGGGGUCCCAGGUCCCGGGUCCCGGAUAUACUUGGAACAAAGAGGACGAAAAAGACGGGGAGAGGUCUUUUAACGAGGAGCUUUUGCUUGUAGCGCUUUCGAAAAUCUACCAGAGAAAGUCGUAUUUCCCAAAUUACAGUUUACCUUACCAUAUAUGAUUGCGCGUAAAAAUAAAUCGAUAUUCUGGAUAUUCACGCACGGCAGGGCAACAGAAAACAGAACGUUAUCGGUAAGCGCCAUCGGAUAAUCGAAUAAUUAAUGUUAUUUGUCAUUUGUGGAAUCACAAACGAUUCAAGAUUAGGAUAAUUUCAGUGAUAUAUUAUUUCUUCAAAACGGAAGAGAAACGGAUAUAGAUUUAUUUAAUAGAGGUUUAUACCCACAAAUGUAUUUCCAAUACUUGUAAUAUUUAACGAAAACGUGAUCUUGAAAAUCGACAGAGCGAUUUAUAAUCUUGAAGAUACCUCUCAAGUAGGUAAAUCCAAAGUCGGACGUCCGCGACAAUUACUCGGCGGAAAAACAAAAGAUAUUUUUCUAUUCUUAGGAUACAGCCGCCUCUUCUCUCUCUCUCUCUCUCUCUCUUUUUGUGUGUGAGUGUGAGUGUAUGCGUGUGUGAGACGACCGCCUUUUUCCUCUACUCCUAUUUUGUACGUAGGGAUUUCCGGAUGUGUCGCCUCGGAUCUUCCCGCGAACGGCAAACUUGACGAUACGUUUUAAUCUCUACUCGUAUCAUAUC